AUGUCUGACGACGCUGCCCCGACGACGACAACGACCGUGGCGUCAAGUGAUGAGAAAAACCUUGUAGUCUCAUUCAUACAGUUCAUUCGACAUAAAGUAUCCGCUAAUCAGUGCACAGAGGAUCAAAUAGAGGCGUUAGAAGUGGCUGUACAAUGUAUGGAAUCAGCGUUUGGUCUUACUGAUGCCAACUAUGCUUUUCAACCGUCAAAACCUCUUCUUGAUGUUUUUAUAGCGGCUGAAGGACUUCCUUCGGGAGAGGAUAAGUUGCCAGAACCGACUGAAGCGGAAAUUGCAGAGGCGAAUAAACUUAAAGAAGAAGGUAAUGACCUUAUGAAAGCGUCUCAGUUUGACGCAGCUGUUAGUAAAUAUAAUGAGGCUAUCAAACUGAACCGAGAUCCCGUUUAUUUCUGCAACAGAGCUGCUGCAUAUUGCCGCCUUGAACAAUACGAUCUCGCAAUCCAAGACUGCAGGACAGCACUCGCUCUUGACCCGAAAUAUAGCAAAGCCUAUGGAAGAAUGGGACUGGCUUUGUCAUGUCAAAAUCGUUAUGAGCAAGCUGUGGAAGCCUAUAAGAAGGCCCUUGAGCUGGAUCCUAAUCAGGAAAGCUUCAAAAAUAAUUUGAAAAUUGCCGAGGAAAAAGUGAAGGAGCUUGAGGCAGCAGCACAAGCAAGUGGAGCGCAACCGAAUCCUUUUGCUGCUAUGUUUGGCGGAGCAGGAGCAGGAGGAGCAGGAUUGCCUCCUGGUGUAGAUUUCGCAUCCUUAUUCAACAAUCCACAGAUGUUAAACAUGGCGCAGACGCUGAUGAACGAUCCCAACAUCCAAAAUAUGAUGGGCCAAUUGAUGUCAGGGAAUGCAGGAUUCGGAAACAUUUUCCAAGCUGGUCAACAACUUGCGCAACAAAUGCAACAGACAAAUCCAGAAUUCGUCGAGCAGUUGAGACGACAAUUUGAAGGUCAUGGGCCAAAUGAAGGCGGAGAGAAUGAAGGCGGCGAAAACAACCAACCAGGACAACAGCAGUGA